AUGCUGGACUACCUAAAAUACGAAUCCCUGGAUUCCUUUGUUCGAGAUGUCGUUCCCCCGAACAUUCUCUCCGCUCAGGAUCUCAAGGUUAGCCCGCGCAAUGGGUUGAGCGAGACCGAACUGCUGGAGAGACUGGGAGAGAUCGCUUCAAAGAACAAGAAGGCGCGGAGUUAUAUCGGUUGUGGAUACGCCGGAACAAAGACUCCGACAGUGAUUGCCAGGAACAUUCUCGAAUGUCCGGAAUGGUACACCUCAUAUACGCCGUAUCAGCCGGAAAUCUCGCAAGGUCGUCUUGAGUCUCUCGUCAACUUCCAGACCAUGGUGACGGAUCUCACCGGUCUUGCAAUCGCUAAUGCGUCCGUCCUGGAUGAGGCCACUGCCGCUGGCGAGGCCAUGACCAUGUCGUUGGCAACCCUUCCAGCAAGCCGCCAGAAGCGUCCCAACCGGACGUUCUUCGUGGAUGGCAAGGUUCACCCGCAGACGAUCGCCGGACUCGCCUCCCGUGCUGAAGGGUUUGGGAUCCACAUCAAAAUGGGAGAUGCUCUCGAUAUUGCAAGUGUCAAGGAAGUCGGUCAGGACUUGAUCGGUGUCCUCGUCCAAUACCCCGCUACGGAUGGUUCCAUUCACGACUACUCCAAGCUCUCUGAGGCGGUUCACGAAGUGGGCGCCCCAUUGUCCGUUGCCACGGAUCUGCUGGCUUUGACUCUUCUGAAGUCACCCGCCGAGUUCGGCGCCGACAUCGCUUUCGGCAAUGCCCAGAGGUUCGGUGUCCCGAUGGGAUACGGUGGUCCGCACGCCGCCUUCUUCGCGACUGCAGACAAGCUCAAGAGGAAGAUGCCAGGACGGUUGAUCGGGGUGUCGAAGGAUCGUCUAGGGAACACGGCCUACCGCCUGGCGCUACAGACCCGCGAGCAACACAUCCGUCGUGAGAAGGCCACCAGUAACAUCUGUACCGCCCAGGCACUCCUGGCCAACAUGAGUGCUAUGUAUGCGGUGUACCACGGACCGGCCGGAUUGAAGGCUAUCGCGGAGAAGAUACAUUCCAUGUCCAUGAUCCUAGCCGAAGGUGCCGAGAGGCUCGGAUUUGAGAUCAAUGCGGGCUCGAAAGCCGAGGGCGGAUAUUUUGACACUGUCGUCAUCAAGGUCAAGGACGCCAAAGACGUUACUGCUAAGAUCACGGAGUGGUACGGAAUCAACUUGAGGGUUCUCGAUACGGACAAAGUCAGCAUCACCAUUGACGAGACCGUCUCGAUGCGGGAUUUGGAGGAUCUCCUGGCUGCCUUGUCUGCGUUCGCGGAGAGAAUCCCCGGAAGACUCACGUGGGAUAAGAUGCUUAUCGAGAUCGCCGAAGACUUGGCCAUCACCACCACCACUCCCGCGGCGGUGCCUGAGGCGUUCCGCCGAAUCAGUCCUUACCUGACGCAUCCAAACUUCAACAAAUACCACUCCGAGACGGAGAUGCUGAGGUACAUCCACUACCUUCAGAGCAAGGAUCUUUCCCUGGCGAACUCGAUGAUCCCUCUGGGCUCCUGCACGAUGAAGUUGAACGCUACGACCGAGAUGUUGCCGAUCACGUGGCCCGAGUUUAGCUCUCUCCAUCCCUUCGUCCCGCUCGAUCAGGCUCAGGGCUACAAGAUUCUCAUUGACGAGCUGGAAGCCGAUCUUGCCGAUAUCACCGGCUUCGACGCUGUCUCCUUGCAACCAAACUCGGGAGCUCAGGGUGAGUUCACUGGAUUGAGGGUCAUCCGAGCGUACUUCAAUGCUACCAACCAGUCUCAACGUGAUGUCUGCCUGAUUCCGGCUUCGGCCCACGGCACCAACCCCGCCUCGGCCUCGAUGGCCGGAAUGAGGGUGGUCACGAUUAAAUGCGACCCCAAGAGUGGAGACCUGGACAUGACCGACCUCAAGGUCAAGGCCGAGAAGUACAAGGACAACCUGGCAGCGAUCAUGAUCACGUACCCCAGCACGUACGGUGUGUUCGAACCACAGGUCAAGGAGGCUUGUGAGGUGGUGCACUCGUUCGGUGGUCAGGUGUAUAUGGACGGUGCCAACAUGAACGCUCAGAUCGGUCUCUGCUCUCCCGGAGAGAUCGGUGCUGAUGUCUGCCAUCUCAACCUUCACAAGACUUUCUGUAUCCCUCACGGUGGAGGUGGUCCGGGUGUAGGGCCCAUCGGUGUCAAGCAGCAUCUCGCCGACUUCCUUCCAGGGCAUCCAUUGGUCGCCACUGGUGGUGCUAAGGCAAUCGCUCCCGUCUCGGCGGCACCUUGGGGAUCGGCCAGCAUCUUGCCGAUCUCGUGGGCUUACAUCAAGAUGAUGGGUGCUCGCGGUCUCACCCACGCCACCAAGAUAACCCUUCUCAACGCCAACUACAUGGCGGCCCGCCUGUCGGCGCACUACCCCAUUCUCUACACCAACUCUCAGGGACGCUGCGCCCACGAGUUCAUCCUCGACACCCGCGGCCUCAAGGAGACAUCAGGCAUCGAAGCCAUCGACAUCGCCAAGAGACUGCAGGACUACGGGUUCCACGCGCCCACCAUGUCCUGGCCCGUGCCCAACACGCUCAUGAUCGAGCCCACGGAAUCGGAGAAUCUCCAGGAGCUCGACCGGUUCUGCGAUGCCCUGAUCAGCAUCCGCAAGGAGAUCAAGGAGGUUGAGGACGGUAAGGCGCCCCGUGAGCAGAAUGUCCUCAAGAUGGCGCCCCACACCAUGAAGGACCUCAUCACUGGCACCUGGAGCCGCGAGUACUCCCAGGAGAAGGCGGCGUACCCGCUGGAGUACCUUAAGGAGAGGAAGUUCUGGCCUACGGUGACUAGGGUCGAUGAUGCAUACGGUGACAUGAACCUGUUCUGCGCCUGUGUCCCGGUGGAGUCCGAGGAAUAG